AUGAGUUCGAAGCUCAAUAAGCGCUCCACUAUUGAAUCAAUAAUUGAACUGUUGCAAUACGCGCUUCUUGUUAACCAUCGAUCACUACAGGCGCCCUUUGUAAAAAAAACUACUUUUAAAACAACUGCAAUGUUAUCCCUCUGCUUACUGUCACGAUUCCGACCAGUUCUUGUUCGCAAAUUCCAACAUUUGCCAUGUCAUCAAUUAACGCAAUGUGUGCACCCACUCAGUACAAAAAUGAAAGGACAGUUUUUGCCAAUCACUAGACAAAUUCCCACAGCUCCAAAAGAUUGCCUCUUGGGAUUAAAUCCUUCUCCCACAUGGUGUGUGUACCGUGGGUAUGCUAAAAAGUUGAAAACAAAAUCUAAGAAAGAUAAAGGUAAAACAAAAAUUAGUCUGAAUUUGGAGGAGGUUGAAGAAAUAAUCAGUAUCACAGCCAUGAAGAAGGAAAUGGUAAACAUCUUGGAGCAGCUGAAAACAGAAUAUAUUAAUCAGUUAUCACUACGUAUAUCAACAAGCAUGUUCCAGACCAUUCCAGUUGAAACAGCUGAUGGCAAGUUCCCACUGAAUCAGCUUGGUCAAGUGAUUCAAAAAAAUCCUUCUUUAAUCAUUAUAAAUCUUAGUAUGUCACCUCAGUAUCUAACAGCAGUUAAAGAAGCAAUUAUCAAUUCUGGUAUUGGAAUAAAUCCUCAAAUUGAUAGCACCUCCAUUUUCCUGCCUAUUCCAAAGGUUACAAAGGAACAACGAGAAAAAUUGUACAAAUCAGCCAAAACUUUGUGUGACAAAAGCAAGCAACAUAUGCGUGAUGUGAACAAUAAAUAUACAAAGAAACUGAGAGCCAUUAAACAAGACCAUUCAGAAGAUUUGAUCCACUCAAUACAAGAAUUGUUAUUAUCAAUAAUGCAUGAAAACGUGGCUCUGGCUGAGGAGAUGAUGACCAGAAAGCAGCAAGAUCUCAUGGGAGUUAAAUGA